CACACGUUCAUUGUUUUAGUGCUAUUCUACUUUUUAUUUAUUAACUACCGGUCCUAUAUCUGUGCAAUUUAAAUUUUAGUUCAUUAAAAUAUUAAUAAAAUGACCAGCGAAACGAAAAAUUUUUCUAGUUUAGAGACUCCUGGUUAUGUCGGUUUUGCAAAUUUACCAAAUCAGGUCCACCGAAAAUCUGUUAAAAAAGGUUUUGAAUUUACAUUGAUGGUGGUUGGUGAAUCUGGUCUUGGAAAAUCCACAUUAGUGAACAGUUUAUUCUUAACAGAUCUGUAUCCUGAAAGAAUAGUCCCUGGUGCUGUUGAGAAACAAAAUCAAACGGUAACAUUAGAUGCUUCGACUGUAGAAAUUGAAGAAAGAGGUGUAAAAUUGAGAUUAACAGUUGUAGAUACUCCUGGAUAUGGAGAUGCCAUAGAUAAUACAGAUAGUUUUAGAGCGAUAUUGCAAUAUAUUGAUGAACAAUUUGAAAGAUUCUUACGUGAUGAAUCUGGACUUAACAGAAGAAAUAUUGUUGACAAUCGAAUACACUGUUGUUUUUAUUUCAUAUCACCAUUUGGCCAUGGUUUGAAGCCAUUGGAUGUUGAAUUCAUGAAGCAACUACAUAAUAAAGUUAAUAUUGUUCCGGUGAUUGCAAAAGCUGAUGUCCUUACAAAAAAGGAAGUGCAGCGCUUGAAACAAAGAGUGUUACAAGAAAUAGCAAAUCAUGGAAUAAGAAUAUAUCCUUUACCAGACUGUGAUAGUGAUGAAGACGAGGAUUACAAAGAACAAGUAAGACAGUUAAAAGAAGCAGUACCUUUUGCUGUUUGUGGUGCCAAUACAUUGUUAGAAGUUAGAGGCCGCAAAGUCCGUGGUAGACUUUAUCCAUGGGGAGUGGUCGAGGUUGAGAAUCCUGAACAUUGUGAUUUUAUUAAACUGCGCACAAUGUUAAUUACUCAUAUGCAGGACUUGCAAGAAGUUACACAAGAAGUACAUUAUGAAAAUUAUAGAUCAGAACGCCUUGCUAAAGGAACUCCAUUGCCAAAGAAAAUAUUAUCUGCUUCCGAUGAUAAAUCUGCAGCUGCAAUAAGUGAUAAAGAUAGAAUGUUGCAAGAAAAAGAGGAAGAACUACGCCGAAUGCAAGAAAUGUUGGAAGCCAUGAGGGCUAAAGUUCAAUUGCAGAAUUGAAUAUCUCGAAUCAUCAGUAUUAUUUUUAACUCUUAUCACAUGAAUGAUAUUGAGACUGAUCUAUAAUCACACUUAAUUACUUAUCAACAGAUAUAUUUUUAUCUGUACAUUAAUAACUAUAACUUAGUGAUUUUAUUAAAUCCCAUUAAUAUAAAAUAGUUUAUAAGAUUUAUUUUAUACAAAGAGCAUUUAUAUAUAUUUUUUAUAAGUAAAAGGCAUAUCCAUAAAUUAAUGUGAUGCAUUAUUACGCCUGCCAUGACUAACCAAAUUAUCAAACUAGAAUAAGUUUAAUCAUUGAUCCGUUGCGAACUAGAUAGAACUUGCAUAUGCAUAUUUUAAUCAAGAUUUUUUAUAUUUUAUAAUCA